AUGGACCAAGCUUUGGUGGUCAAGCCGUCACAGGUCGCCAUGUCAUCGUUGUCCACCACUAUGUGCUCAAUCGCCCCGGUGUCUCUUACAGCCGGUAACGUUUUGGCUCUGUGCAUGAUUGGCUAUGCUGGCAGAGAUGCGGUCAAGGGCUGGCUCGGAAGGCUCUGGGAAGAGGAACUCAAGCAACAUAAAGAGAUGCGUGACUUGUUCCUGGGCAGGGCCCAAAUCCUGAGGGAUGUCUGUGGACAGUUGAAGGCCUUACACAAAGACUCCGAGAAUGUGGAGGACGCACUCGAGGAUCUGGAGAUUGUCGCAAACGAUCUGGCGAACGCAGCGAAAUAUUAUGCCAUCGACUUUGAGGCGGACGAGGUGGAUGAGAUGGAGAAAGAGGUCGAUAGGCUUGCUGAAAAACUCACUCGAGCUGCUGCAGCCUUCAGUGCAUUUCAGGACAGCUUGAAAGACGCCUCAAAAACGCAUCAAUUUCAAGUGACUCUUCUUUCCAAUGAUGCACACAUCCCCCAGAUCGCACAGCAACCAUUGAUUGGUCUCGUGAAUGGCAACCCCAUGGUGAAGCAAUGCUUGGUCUUGAGACUGGCAACGACACUGAUGGUGAACCACUGCUUGGUCUCGAGAAUGGCAAUGAAGCUCAUGGUGAACCACUUCUUGGUUUCAAGAACGGCAACAAAGCCCAUGGUGAACCACUGCUUGAUCUUGAGAAGGACAACAAAGCCCAUGGUGAAGCAAUGCUUGGUUUCGAGAACAGCAACGAAGCCCAUGGUGAACCACUGCUUGAUCUUGAGAAGGACAACGAAGCCCAUGGUGAAGCAAUGCUUGGUCUUGAGACUGGCAACGACACUGAUGGUGAACCACUGCUUGGUCUCGAGAAUGGCAAUGAAGCUCAUGGUGAACCACUUCUUGGUUUCGAGAACAGCAACGAAGCCCAUAGUGAACGAGGAGGACAACGAAGCCCAUGGUGAAGCAAUGCUUGGUCUUGAGACUGGCAAUGAAACUGAUGGUGAACCACUGCGUGGUGUUGAGACUGGCGACGACGACAAUGAUGAAUCGGGGCUGGAGUUGUCUGAUGGGUCGAGUCUUUCGAGCGGUUGGGAAUUGAUGGAUUAUAUGCCAGCUGAAUCCGGACAUCACCCAGUUGAUGCAGGUGAAGAGCUGAACUUAGACUUAGAAGCUCAAGGGUCAUGAAUUUGUACACAUUCCACAUUCAGGUCCGUUGGCACUACAACCCGCCCCUUUGAGUCUGCUGUGUGGCGGGACCGUGACAUAGACUUAGGUCAAUAGACACGGUGCCAAGACUCUUAGCGACUGCUGCAGUCAAAGCGAAAA